AGACACGUUGAUUUCUGGCUAGAAAGAUUUGUUCCCUCUCCUAGCUGGAUUUUAAAAGCAUGGGAAACAUCUGAGGAUGAGAUAUUGGCUAUUGGUGGCUUGGAUGCUGUUGUUUUUGUAAGGAUACUUGUGUUCAGUAUUCGAGUUUUUUCCAUUGCUGCUGUCAUCUGCGUUAUUCUAGUGCUUCCUGUGAAUUACUAUGGUACUGACAAAAUGCAUAAGCAUAUACCUCUGGAGUCACUGGAUGUAUUUACCAUUGAGAAUGUCAAACCAGGUUCAAGAUGGCUUUGGGCUCAUUGUCUUGCAUUAUACAUCAUAACACUUGCAGCUUGCACUCUUCUUUACUUUGAAUACAGGAGCAUUACUAAGUUGAGGCUUCUACAUAUUGUUGGAUCUCCUCCAAGUCCAAGUCAUUUUACUGUUCUUGUUCGAUCAAUUCCCUGGUCUGCAGACAAAUCAUAUUGUGACACAGUGAACAAAUUCUUCUCAUAUUACCAUGAAUCAACAUAUCUGUCCCACCAAAUGAUAUAUAAGUCUGGCAGAGUUCAGAAACUGAAGGACGAGGCUGAACAUAUGUGCAAGGUUCUUAGAGAAACUUCAUUGGAAAAGACUUGUAAGGCAAGUUUUGUGCCAUGUUGCUGUUCGGGAAUAUCCACAAAUUCUUUUAAGAAGGAUUCUAAUGAGAUGGGUGGUAUUCAUGGGAGCCCAUGCUACACUGACAUAGAUACAAAGAAAAAGUUUGAAUCUCUGAUACAGGAAUCCCCAGCUGCUUUUGUGUUCUUUAAAAGUCGGUAUGCUGCUCUUAUGGCUGCUCAGACUCUGCAAACAUCAAAUCCUAUGAUAUGGGUGACAGACAUGGCUCCUGAACCACAUGAUGUUCACUGGUCCAAUAUUCGCAUACGAUAUAGGCAACUUUGGAUCCGUAAGAUGGCUACACUUGCGGCUUCAAUUGCCUUCAUGCUGGCGUUCCUUAUCCCUGUUACAUUUGUACAAGGCUUGACUCAACUAGACAAGCUUCAGAAAAUGUUCCCUUUUCUGACAGGGGUACUUAAAAAGGGAUAUGUGAACCAGCUGGUGACUGGUUACCUACCAAGUGUGAUAUUGGUUUUAUUUUUGUGUGCAGUUCCACCGGUGAUGAUGCUAUUUUCAACAGUUGAGGGUUCUAUUUCCCGCAGUGGAAGGAAGAAAAGUGCAUGUUGGAAAGUUUUGUACUUCACAAUCUGGAAUGUGUUUUUUGUUAAUGUUUUUACUGGUUCUGUUAUCAGCCAACUUUCAGUCUUUGAUAGCAUAACAGACCUGCCUGCACAGCUUGCAAAGGCAGUGCCAGCUCAGGCUACCUUCUUCACAACUUAUGUUUUGUCAUCUGGUUGGGCAAGUUUGGGAUUUGAAGUUAUGCAAAUUUGUCCUCUUUUAUACAAUCUAUUCCAGAGAUUCCUGCUCAGGGUUAAGGAUGAUGAUACACUUAAUGGUGGCAUAUCUUUUCCAUACCAUACAGAAAUUCCAAGGAUCUUACUGUUUGGAUUUCUUGGGUUCACCUGUUCAAUUCUGGCACCUCUAAUGCUUCCCUUCUUGUUGAUCUACUUUUUCCUUGCUUACCUUGUUUACCGAAACCAGAUUCUCAACGUGUACAUUACAAAAUACGACAGUGGGGGACAGUACUGGCCCAUUGCACACAACACAACGGUCUUCUCUUUGCUAGUUGCUCAACUUAUCGCGCUUGGGGUGUUUGGACUAAAACGCUCCACAGUUGCAUCUGGAUUUACCAUUCCCUUGCUCAUUGUUACCCUUCUUUUUCAUCAGUAUUGUAGACAACGAUUUCUCCCAGUAUUUAGAAGCCAUUCAGCACAGAUUCUUAUUGACAUGGAUAAGAAAGAUGAACAAUCUGGAAAGAUGGAAGGUAUUUACGAACAAAUACGAUCAGCCUACAACCAGCCCAGUUUAGCACCACAUGCCUCGAGCCAAUCCGAAUGCUCCAGCCCACAAGAGGACAAGGGGCUUGUAGAUAACAUUUCUGAAGAUAUAGAAAAAGGCAAAGAAAUUGGUAAACAAGAUAGACCAGCAGGGUCUAUCCAUCACACUUUGAGUUCGAGCUCGGAUAAAUCGGUACUUGGUGGAAAUCAACUGAGUGAACCAGCUUAUGAUAUUGAAAAUUGAAAGCUUACGUGAUUACCGAGGGAUUAUUUAAAGCUAAAGUGGUUCAUAUAGAUUUAUUAAAAGGACACAUGUGAGUGCAUACUCAAAAAAUCUAUUUGACAAGUUAUUUCAGUUGGUAAAGAGUUCUCAUCUUUCACAAAAGUGUGGAUUUAGCUCAUGUUAGCAUGAAUAUCUUGUCAGUGGAUGAUCAGUAAGUAUAUUUGUUAGAGUUCUCUAAGCCUAUGGGACCCAAUCCACUUAGACUUUUCGCUAUAAAAAAUCUAUUUGAUGGGUGAAUGAAUAAAAUAGAUCUACCUGUGUUUGGAACUGCGACCACCUGGAUUUUGAAUGCAUCGUUGAUUAGAGGCUGAUCUGUUGCAAAAAUAUUGCAAAGGUGAUAUCUGGUGUUUGGCCUGAAUGGUUCUUGUUUGUCAAUUGGAUAUUUUAGAAUUGGAAAAUUGCAAGAUACAUUUGAUUACUGAAUAUAUUAACAUGAGUUGUAUGAUAUCUGCUUGAAAUCAGUAAAUGCUGUUUUGUGAAGAUGUGAGCUAAAAGUAAAUUUAGCACGAGGAGAUUUGUAAAGUAAUAAUUAAGGUAUGUAAUUUGUAUUCAGAAAUCAUUAGAUUUCAUGUACCUUUGCAGAGAUAUUAGUCUUCAUCAUAUUGUAAAUAACAAACACAAGAUACAUGAUUGAUGUCGAAGCUAAACUGAUGAAAGGGUGGAACAGAGAGAAGGGGAUGUCUUUGGUGGUGGGACAAAUUCUAAAUUCAAAAAGUUGGAGAACUUGAUCGAGUUGGUAAAAUUGUAUUAAUAUCAUUGUCAUGUCAAACUAUUUAUUGAGACAGUCCAUUGCAGAAUUCACACCUCUUUUUUAAUAUAUAGGUCCUUUUAGUU